AUGCAGAUAUUUGUGAAGACUCUCACCGGGAAGACAAUUACGUUAGAGGUUGAGAGCUCCGAUACAAUUGACAACGUCAAAGCAAAGAUCCAGGACAAGGAAGGUAUUCCCCCAGACCAACAGCGUCUGAUCUUCGCCGGAAAGCAAUUGGAGGAUGGCCGUACUCUCGCCGAUUACAAUAUCCAGAAGGAAUCGACGCUCCACCUCGUUCUACGUCUGCGCGGCGGCAUGCAAAUCUUCGUCAAGACACUCACUGGGAAGACAAUUACGCUGGAAGUUGAGAGCUCGGACACCAUCGACAAUGUCAAAGCGAAGAUCCAGGACAAGGAAGGCAUUCCGCCGGACCAGCAGCGUUUAAUCUUCGCAGGCAAACAACUCGAGGAUGGUCGCACUCUGGCUGAUUACAAUAUCCAGAAGGAGUCUACACUCCAUCUGGUGUUGCGAUUGAGGGGAGGCAUGCAGAUUUUCGUGAAGACGCUCACUGGGAAGACGAUCACCUUGGAGGUUGAGAGCUCCGACACUAUAGACAAUGUUAAAGCGAAGAUUCAGGACAAGGAAGGAAUUCCCCCGGACCAGCAGCGUCUGAUAUUUGCUGGGAAGCAGCUCGAAGAUGGACGUACACUCGCUGAUUACAACAUCCAGAAGGAGUCCACGCUCCAUCUGGUGCUGCGGUUGAGGGGAGGCAUGCAGAUAUUCGUGAAGACUCUUACUGGAAAGACAAUCACUCUGGAGGUGGAGAGCUCGGAUACGAUCGAUAAUGUUAAAGCAAAAAUUCAGGACAAGGAGGGGAUUCCUCCGGAUCAGCAGAGGUUGAUCUUUGCCGGCAAGCAGUUGGAGGACGGUCGGACUCUUGCUGACUACAAUAUCCAGAAAGAGUCGACUCUUCACCUGGUCCUCCGUCUUCGUGGUGGUGAUAUGUGA